UCCCCUCCGGGACCAUGGGCAGCCGCGAUCACCUGUUCAAAGUGCUGGUGGUGGGGGACGCGGCGGUGGGCAAGACGUCGCUGGUCCGGCGCUACACCCAGGACAGCUUCAGCAAGCACUACAAGUCCACGGUGGGAGUGGAUUUUGCUCUGAAGGUUCUCCAGUGGUCUGACUCAGAGAUGGUGCGGCUCCAACUGUGGGAUAUUGCAGGACAGGAGCGCUUCACCUCCAUGACACGACUAUACUAUCGAGAUGCCUCUGCUUGUGUUAUUAUGUUUGAUGUCACCAAUGCCACUAGCUUCAGUAACAGCCAGAGAUGGAAACAGGAUCUGGACAGCAAGCUUACACUGCCCAAUGGAGAGCUAGUACCCUGCCUGCUCUUGGCCAAUAAGUGUGAUCUGUACCCUUGGGCUGUGAGCCGAGACCAGAUCGACCGGUUCAGUAAAGAGAAUGGUUUCACAGGUUGGACAGAAACAUCUGUGAAGGAGAACAAAAAUAUUAACGAGGCCAUGAAAGUCCUCAUUGAAAAGAUGAUGAACAAUUCCAGAGAAGAUACUAUGUCAUUGUCCACCCAAGGGAGCUACAUCAAUCUAAAAACCAAAUCCUCCUCCAGUUGGACCUGCUGCUAGUAGCGUUUGACUCAUGUUGCAUCCCAGGUGUAGGAGGGUGUUUUCAUCAUUCCUGUUGGUUGCCCACCCGGCAUAAUUUUGUCUGUGUGUAUCCUGGUCCUGUGGCUUGAACUCAGGGCCUGGGUGCUGUCCCUGAGCCUCCUUGUGCUCAAGACUAGCGCUCCAACACUUGAGGCACAGCACCAUUUCUGGCUUUUUCUGAGUAGUUUCUGAGU